CAAUGUAGUGGCCUCCAAGGUUUAUUGAUCUAUCACAGCAAUGAAGGAGGCACGGGCUCAGGGUUCACAUCCCUUUUGAUGGAGCGACUUUCAGAUGACUUCGGAAAGAAAGCCAAGCUGGAGUUCUUGGUGUACCCUGCCCCACGGAUCUCCGCUGCAGUGGUGGAGCCCUACAACUCCAUCCUGGCCACCCACACCACCCUAGAGCACUCGAACUGCUCAUUCAUGGUAGACAAUGAAGUAGUCUACAAUGUCUGUCAUCGUAAACUAGACACUGAGAGCACAACCUAUAUCAAUCUCAACAGGCUGAAUGGGCAGAUUGUGUCAUCCAUCAAAGCUUCCUUGAGAUUUGAUGGUGCCCUAAAUGUUGACCUCACAGAGUUCCAGGCCAACUUAGUGCCAUAUCCCAGGAUCCACUUCCCUUUGACCACCUAUGCCCCUAUCAUCUCAGCAGAAAAGGCCUACCACAAGCAACUCUCAGUGCCUGAGACCACCAACACCUGCUUCAGGUUCUCCAACCGGAUGCUGAAAUGUGACCCCCCAUCAAGGCAACAGCAUGGGGAGACAGUGCACAAAGAUGGCAAUGCCAUCACAGUCAUUAAGAUGAGGAGGUCCAUCCAGUUUGUGGACUGGUGCCCUAUCUUUUUAGCCUGGGCAGAAAGCUCUUCUCAAAAAAAAUAUGUCCAAGAAGUGGAGUAUUGCCAAGGAAUCCAACACAGAUAUUUUGGACUUCAGAAGAGGAAACUCCUCAGAAAUGAGGAGAAUGGUAAAAAGGAAGCUGAAAAGGAAAGUUAG